AUGUGUCCGAAAGAAGCUCUUGAGGAACAUGUCGAUAGAUUGGGGGAUGAAACUUGGCUGGCUGCCCAUGUGGAGGAAGGGCAUUCAUUUGCCAUUGGAUGCAUCGUGUGCUCGGAGUUGCUCCCACUGGGGGAUCGUGAUGUGUGGGGUCGCUUUGAGAUCACAACAGUGCAAGCGCUUAAGCCCUACAGAGUGAAAUCGCAUGAGAGUUCCAAGGCUCAUUUGGCAGCUGUGAUGCGCUUGUUGCAACCAUCAGCAGAUCUUCCGGCGCAAAUGCCGCUGCGGCACGACGCGGCUCCGGAUGGUAAUUCUUUCCAGUGCUUGCUGCAAUGGGUUCGCAAAGGCCAAUGUCUUCGUGAUGGCAUUGCUGGGGUUGGCCAUUUCAAGAAGUCCCGAAGCAUGUGUUUUGUGUUGACAGAGUCGCUCCGCAGGCUUUAUCGUGCUCAGCUAAGCAAGUGUGAAACUAUCAACAUCCUCAGGGAUGAGCGGCAUUCAAGGCAAGCCGAGCGCUUCAUUGGAGUAUUGGGUCAAGGCAGAGUGAAUCCAAGCACGGCGACAAACAUAACCAAUGUCACCGUGGAUUUGCUUACUGCCUUCUGUUGCAAAAACCAUGGCGUGCCAAAUGUCUCAGAGGCCGUUGCCACUGAACUUCAAGAAGUUGAUGUCGAACUUCUGAAGCACAUUCGACAUCGCAUUCAUUAUCUGACGGUUGAUGCGGCUGGCAAUGAGGUCACCAGUGGAGAAAACAUGCUCUCCAACAAAUCCUCAACUGCCGCAAACUUUGGUGAAGCAGUAGCACCAAAUUUGCGGACAAUCGUCAAAGACAAGGCCCACGGUUCUCGCCGAAUACUCAGUCGCCCUUGGGCUGCUGACAAAUACCUUUCAGUGGUGGCAGGCGCUUUGGUCACCGAGUCCGGUUCUUUGUCACAGAUGAUUCAACACUCCGAUGACCUUCGAUGCUGGUAUGAGGAAGCGUGCAAGCAAUCAACCAGUGGUGCAGUGACCAACAAGUGGACACACCUGCGUGCAGCGAAACACCGAUACGAGAGCCUUGCCACCCCAUUGAGCAGGCUGGCUUUGAAUUGGGAGGCGGUCUUUGGAGUGUUGGGCCGCAUUUGUGCUGAAAGGCAAGGGGAUCCUGCGUGCAGCUUUGCAGAGGCUCUGCUGGAUACUAUAGAUGAAGAAAUGCUUCUGCAAGCAGCCCUCCUAUCCGACGCCUGUGAUGAGUGCCUGAUCCUCAUCAGGUUUUUUGACCAGGCGGAGGUAGACAGCGCAAAAAUCGCCGAAGCCAUCUCGGACUUCCUCAGCCGGAUCCAGUUUCUUUUUGAGCAGCAGCACGUUUGGACUUCUCCUGGGUACACGAAAGUGACGCUCAAGUUCCUGCAAAGCCCGACGCAUUUCAUCACACGUGGUGUGGUGCGAUGCCUGGGCGGGCCAAAUGGAGUCAAGGAGGAAGUCAAGAGUCAGUGCUUGUCACGAAUGCUGGCAUGGAUGAAAUUGGCUGAGGAAGUCGUGCGGGCGGAACACCCGGCAUUUGAACUGGUUCAAUGCUUCUCAUUGUUUGACCUGAAUCAGUUUCCACAGCAAACAGCUGCUAGAAUCAAACAGGAAGACUUCAGCCAGAAAUUUGACGCACAGCUUGAGCGCGUUGCAAACAGCCUGGAGCUUGACAUGCAGGGGCUUAAGCAAGAAUUCUUUGACCUUGGUCAAAUAGCAUAUGGUCAUUGGAAGGAGCAUCGUCCAACUUGUUCCAACUUGGAUAGUUGGAAGUCCGCCCUGGCAAAGACUUCCAGCGCUGCAGCAAGACGACGGCAUCCUGUGGACAAUCUUGAGGUCGCUUUGGCUCAUUAUGCCACAUUGAGUGCCUCCGAUAGUGUCUUGGAAAGGGACUUUUCCAGGAUGAAACACACUCUUGGAGAAACAAGACUGCAAUGUGACCAAAUUGUGGAAAACGAGCUCCUGAUGUUGACUGUGGCCGACCCGGAUCAUGACAAAGAAGUCAUUUCACUGGCGCAACGUGUCUGGUCUGAGAUUUACGCAGCAGCACGCAAGAGGUCUAAGGCCCGCUUUGACAAGGGUGUCAAGCGGAAUCCCCAAAUUUGCGAAGACAAUGAUGAGCCUGAGGAAUGGCAGAUGACGCCUGAAAAGGUUACGGAGUCAGAAUUCAAAAAAAGACGCCGUUUGGCCGUCCAACGUGGCAUGGAGAACCCACAUGAUCCACAUGACAAAGUGGUUGCUUGCUCGUCGGCUGCCUGGACAGAUGACCAUGAUCGGGAACUUCAUUUCAAUGCGAAGAAGGAAAUUAAACAGAUCUUUGAAUGUCUUCGCUCCGGAACAGUUAAGAUCAAUGAGGUCCCAGCGGAAAUGUUGCCUGAAGCCAUCAGCUACUUUGAAAAGAAAGAAGCCAACAUGCUCAAGCGGGAGAGGGCCGAGCUACGUUUGGGUCAGCAAGUCCGUCGGAGAGAACAGCCUCCAGUGCAGGAAUUGCAUGGAUUGGCUGUCAUGGUUGCUGAUGAUUUGCGCUGCCGCCAGCUGGACAAUGCCAUGGACCAGAAGGAUUGGCAUGUGACACUCCAACUGGCUUCGGCACAGGUACUUGUCUUACCCAAUCUCAACAAUUUGCCCCUUCUGACAUCCAUCGCUGUUGGGCUGACUGGUGCCUGGUUGACAACCCCAGGCUUUGUCAUCAGUGGGAGUGGGCCAUGCUUGAAGAUGAAACGAGGAUUGCGCACAGAGCGCAAGGUGCACUGCACUGAGAAGUGCAAAGAGAGCAAUCGUGCCAUCUACGACCUGCUCCAGAAGUUGGAGUGCCGGACGUUCAAACUUGCAGGCACCUUGGAAGAAUUUGCGCAGGCCAAGCAGCGCGCUAUGGAUCGGAAGGCGCCUGCCUCGGUCAUAGCCCUGGUGCAUGAGGAUGAGAGGGAACUGUUUGCAAGCAUUUCCCACGCAUGGACUGUACAGCGCUUCCGAGAUUUCAUCUACCAGGUGGACUUGGAGCAAUCUUACGUGCGAUAG